AGAUUCACCAACAAAACCUUAAUCUCUUCUUCUUGUCUUUAUGUUCUUGUUUCUUUCAUGUCCAUAUGGAUUCUGGUAACAGUGGAAGCUUGCAAUCUUCAAGCGAUGACCAUGAGUCUUCAUCAACUGGUGCUCCACCAGAUCACUCCUCUUUCUUCCUCCCUCCUUUCCAACAACCACCGUCUUCCUCCACCUUCUACGGCGACCCAUCAACCCUCUCCUCUUCCUCCUCCUCCUCCGCUACUUAUCUAAACUUUGUAAACAAUCUCAUCUCCGAUGACAUUCUUCACCAAACUCAUCUCCUCCCUCCUCCACCACCACCACCACCUCCUCCUCCUCCCUCUUCUUCCCGAAACCCUAGAAAACGAACAAGAGCUUCAAGAAGAGCUCCUACCACUGUUCUCACCACCGACACUUCUAACUUCAGAGCUAUGGUUCAAGAAUUCACCGGCGUCCCUGCCUCUCCCUUCUCUCACCCUUUCUCCUCCACUACUCGCCGCUUCGAUAUCUUCCGAUCUCCCUCCGAUCCUCUUACUUACAACCCUUUUCGUCCAAUACCUCAAAAACCUCAUCAUCAAACUUUGAAUCCUUCAUCUUCUUCUUUGCUCCACCAUCAUAACCACACAACUACUUCCAUGACCUUUCCUGAUCUGCCUCUCCCUCAAAAUCACCAAGUUUCUACAUUUCAAUCUCUUUUAUCUCAUCAAAAUCAUCAUCAAACAACACUUUCCUCUCUUCACGACCUUGACUCAAUAAAUCUCGGAGCAUUACAACAAAAUCACCAUCCAACGCCUGAUGAUAACCACCAUCUAAUGAUGAGGCAGUUCUCGGAGUUUGAUCGCCGGCCGGAAAAGACACCGGAGAUUCAUAAUAACAUUUCCUCUUCUUCUUCAGCUCCGAUCAAAGACUCAUCAGGUACUACUACUACUACUACUACAACAACAACAGUUGAUCCCUGGAUUAGCCCUACAGAUUCCAAUAAUUAAAUACAUUAUUUUUUUUAAUAAUUGAAACCAUAUCUU